CAUGUCGGCUUAUCAGCCAAAGGAGAUGCAUUCCUCUGGGCUGCUCCCUUUAUAAGUCACUGCUGGCCGGGCGCCCGCUCGCCGCUCCGCAGCACUCCGCGCCAGCAGCGCUGCCUGCUGCCCCGCCAUGCCCUAGCCCGGGCCCCCGGACCCGCUCGCCCACGGGGGGACGCGCAGCAACCCGGGGGAGGGCCGGCGGCGAUGGCACCCCCGUCCCCCGCCCGCCCCUGAGGGCGGCUGCUGCCGGGAUGUUCAGCUGGCAGCGGAGCUUCACCCUAGGAGCGCCCUGGAGGAGAGGUGAGUCCGCGCCCCUCCGGGGCCGCCCCGGCCCGCCGGCGCUCCGGCACACCUCCCCAAACCAGCUCCUCCGCCACCCCCUUCCUUCCCCUCAGCGGCCGCGCAGACGGUACUUCGGGCAAAUCUGACCCGGCCCGGCCCGGCCCGCCCCACUCCCGGGCCCCGCCGGACGGGGUGCCCGCGCCGCGCCACCCCGCUGCCGCCCGGCCCCGGCCCCAUGCUGCGCUCGCUGCUCUCCGGCUGCCUCUGCCCACACGCAGGUAAGAAGAGCCCACCUGCUGAGGACAAAGUUGUGUUAACACAUAUGAAGAUAUUGAGCAAUGAAGGAGUUCAAAACCCAGGGUUAAUCACAGAGGCUUCAGCUGACACAGCCUGCACAGAAGAGUCCCAUCUCCCUGGUGCCAGCUUCCCACCGGCCUGCCAGGGAAAUCCGAAUGCAGCAGCCGAACCAGCAGAUCCAGACUAUGCAGAUGCCCCAGCAAGCACAGACUAUGUAGCCACGCUACCUGACCUCAGUGCCUUCCAGUCCAAGUGCCGACUUCACAGAUUCUCCAAAUUCGAAUCUGAGGACUCAGGGGUUGAAUUGCCAAGUGGGGCUAAUUCUCCAUCAACACCAACGGGUUCAGAGAAGAGCUUUGUGCUUCACAGCAGAGACUCAUUUUGUGACUCAGGUGUGCUUAGCACUUCUUCUUCUCCAGAAAUUGACCAUCUGGUAAUGAGAACAUGUAAAGAGCAUGCCAGAAAAGUCAGCCACCAAGAUCCAGAGAGCAAAAAGCAAGCUGAGUACUACAGCCAGGAGGCAGAUGCUGUGCAGGGUCCCACAGCUUCCCUUGGAGACUUAAGUGUCCCUCAGGAAGAAAGUCCAGAUGAACAUUUUGACCAGAGCGAAAAUCAAUCUCUGGAAAAGGAACCCACCCCAGAGAUGGACCCUGCAAGGGAAAGCACUCUUCACACCCCAGGUCCCAUAGAAGAGCCAAAGACAGUUGCUGACAAUUUCCCAGAGAACUUUGGCAGCAUGCAAGACCUCCAGAUCCAUGGACAUCAGCUGAAGAAGUACCCCACAAGUGACAGUCUAGAUGAGUACAUGGAUAAAUGCUGUAGGCUGAGUGAGGUGAACCAAGGUAACAGCAAAGCCCUAGGAUCUGGUCUGGGAUACCUGGAACACAUUUGCCAACUGAUUGAGAAGAUUGGGCAGCUGCAGGAGCACAACAUGCAUCUCCAAAAGCAAGUGUGCAGCUUGCAGAAAGAGCAGAAGAUAAGCCAGAUAAAAGAGGAGUACGUUCUGCAGCAUUGCUCCUGUGGAGCUGCUAGCAUCCUCAACUCACACCAAGACGUGAAGACAUCUUUUGCUGGGAGGAACAGACCUCACAGCCUCUUGGUUCAGACUGGAAACCCAUCUGAUCUUUCCAUCAUCCCAGAAAUAGGAGCGAACACUGAAAAGCUGAGCAGCUGCAAUGGAAGUGAGAGAUACCUGGAAUCAGGAAACAGCCAACCGAUGGUGGGGCUCAGGAAGUUGUCAAACAAUAGGAACAACAAGGAGAAUGAGUACAGAGAAGCUGGUAGUAUGACUGAGGUACAGGCUUUUCCUUCAAAGGACCCUGCAGUAAGAAAGGGUCUGGACGUCAGCAAGAACAUCUCGGGUGAGAGCCAUGCUUGGGGAAGAAUGAAAGAUCUUAUGAGGAAGACACGUCUGAGAAACCAGAACAAGCUGGGGCUGUCCUCUGCUGCUCUGAAGAGGUCCUGUCCACAGUUGUACAGGCCAGAUAUUAUGUCUUCAGAGCUGAGGAAAACUGAGAGGAACUCCAUGAUCAUUCUGGGGCAAAAUACAAAGAAUGAAAACAUAUGGCCUUUCUGAUAACCUGAGCUAAAUAGAACAAGGUAAAAUAAGUAAAGCAGCAUGCGUUUCUUUGUGGGGUGGAGGGGUUUUUUUGCCUCUUCUCAGCACAGAAAUGAGACAGUCCUGUUCCUUCAUCCAGACACACUCCAACAUGAAAGGGCAAAAACAUGUCAGAUUUUUGAAGUUCAAAUUAUAUGGAUUCAUGCCAGCUGAGGAUUGGCCCAUAUACCUUCAUUUUAAUAGUCACCCUUUGGAAAAAAAAAAAACAAACAAACAAACCCAAACAACCAAAACCAAACACAAAACACAAUUUAAAGGUAUCCGUAGUCAUACAGGCUACAUCAUGCAGUCUUUUUGUAAGAAGUACAGCAGCAAAUUCUUCUAUCUGCAGUCAGUUAAAAGACUCCCAAAUAAUAAGCCAACCAGGUGUCUUGGGAAAGAGAUAAUUUGCCCAUAAUCAAGACUAAAAGAGAACCAGGCUCAGCCUCAUCUUCCGUCUUCCCAACUCAGCCCAUGGGUUAAAUACAGAGAAACUUUCUAGUCUCUCAUAUUCACUGGAUGUUUCUGUUUCAGAAAGGCAAAAUGGGAACACCAGUGGACACAAACCCAAGAACCCCACGGUUACUUUGUGCAACCUGCAUCCUGUAGUUGUCAACAGAGCAACCCCGAUUUGAGCAUUGGAAGGGAAAGAGAGAAGGGGGAAGUAGAGAAGGGUGCACGGACCUUUCUGUGCUCAGCUAUGUACAGCUUUGCUCCCAAAUCUGAAAUAUACUCAGAAAAGUCAAGCCACAGAUGAAAAUUAUUGUUAGCAUCUUGGCAAUGUAAACAAUAGAGAUUUGGAAAUUCUUCCUCCUCCUCUCUGGGUCAGGAACACCAUUACUUGAAACAUUGAAGCUUUUAAAUUAUCAUUGCUUUCUGGAGACCUUCUCCAGCUGAAAUAAAUUUAAGCUUUAUGGGACACAGCAGCAUGUAGAAGGGUGCCAGGGACUCAUUGCCCAGUGCAGAAGUGCCUGUUGGAAGGACAGCUUCCUCUCGGGGUGGGCUGAGUGGCAGUCUCUGUGUGUCCCCAACGCCGCUCCUCCCUUCAGAGCAGCAUCUGACCAGCUGUGCCAUUUUACUGGAAUCUAACAGGAAAACCAAGUCUGUAAAGCCAAGACUUCCUACAAGGCCAUUCCUGAAUCCACCACUAGCUUCUAAUCCUGCAAGCCUGCUCUUUCUACAGAGGCCCCUCAAAUACAGUGCUGCCCUACAGGCAUCAUGCAGGUUCAUUGAAGAGACCAGACUGAGGAGCACUGUGGGAAUUAGCCUUUAAAGAGGCCAGAGGGUUCAUCUGAGGCAAUACCUCAGUUUCACCAGGCAGCCCAGCUCUUAUGCUAUCAGUUUUUUUGGGGGGAGGGAACCAGGCUUGAAUUCCUACUUUUAAAUUACAUGUUAAGUCCUCUGGCUGUGCAGGUAGGGUAGUCAUUUUGUCAAAUGGCUCAGUCUAUGCUCUCUCUACUGGAGAGAGGCAAGAGGGAGCACAGAGCUGCAAGGAAGAGUUAUUAAAAUACAGGCAUCCUUUACAAGUUGCUGGUCUUUAGGGCCCUGCUAGCAAUCAUGUAACACUGUGGCCAUGUUUGGUGACUGCCUUAUAGCCCCGUGCCCACUGAUUCCAGACUCAAUGAGCAGAUAGUGCAUGCUUCUGAAGGUCCCAUGGUUGCAGUGGUCUCUGCACACCAGCUCGUACUGGUAUUAGCACAAUAAUUAAUGCACAUAGAGCAAAGAUUUAAAUAAACCAACUUUGCCUCUUGUAAAUAGAGUAUUCUACCCCUUAAAUUACAAUGUAACUGGAAGUCAAGCAAUUGCUCUUUGAAAAUCCUUUCCUAACCCAAACUUGCCUGGGAACCAAGAUUUGAGAAGCUGGCAGGAAUGGAUCAACUUCAGCAGGCUUAGCCUUUCAGUAACACAUGCUUCCCCCUUGCCUACUGGGAUCAGCUGGAGCCCUAAAAGUCUGCCAAACCUGAGCAGGAUCUCUUCUGAGAUUCAGAGCUCUCCAGCCACACAUCCAGGCAGCAGGCCAGGCUUGGUGUUUCAAAUAGCAGAAGGGUUGUUACUUAGCACCUCAAAAAAUACCCCCCGAACAACAACAAAAAUAAAACAACCCCCCCACCAACCAACAGCCCCAAAAAAACCCAAACCCAACCAAACCAAAAACCACCCACCUAAUUAAAAAAUCCAAAAGGUCUGUGCUACCUAAAAUACGUGCUGCGUUUAAUACUUCAGUUGUAGCUGCUGCAGGACUUGUUCACUGUGUAUCUUGCUAGCUUCAUCCAAAGCUAGAAGGAUUCAUAACUUGAUUAUUCUGUGAAUAGUCUGUAUAUCUCCAUAAAUACAGGGGACUAAAAUCCUCCAUUAACUUAUACCCUCCAUUAUCCCUCCAGCUUUACAGAGUCUGUAAGGAAUGUGAAUCAGUGCAAACUGAAUUUUAAGUGUUCUAAGAUGUAGCACCAUGAACUGCUAUUUCCAGCCACCACCAUUCACAUUAUAAGUCUAUUUUGUUUUUUAUUUUUACUAAAAUGAACUAGCACUCUUUUUUACUAUAGCAUUAUAUGAAAUAUAUUCAUGUAUUUUCAGAAAUAAAUAUAUUUAUAACAUGUAACAUACUGUAUAGUUCUCCAUUACAGAAUGCAUUGUAAUACAAGCAUAAAAAAUUUAAUAAAAGCAUCACUACAA